AUGCUUGACUUAAAUAACGGUGGCAGUCAUAUAGACAAGAAUUCGGUAACUGAAAUUAACCUUAAUAACUUUUCAUUAUAGAUCAUUUCAUUGAGCAAGAAUAAAAAGAAGGAAAAAGACGAAAAAGACAUUUAAAUAGACAAACUAAAGGCAGUUAACAUCAAACUUAGAAAUAAGAUUAAGGAAUUGAACUAAAUAGUUGAGAAAGCGAUAGAAAAAGCAAAUACAAAGAGAAUUAUCACAAAUAAGCACAAGAACGAGACUUAGUAAGAUGUUGGACAUCUUAUAAUGAUUCGAGAUCAAGAAAUUCAGAAUGCAACUAAGUAGAUAUAAACUAAUGACUAUGAAAUUAAGAAGUUGCAAGAAAGAUUGGAUGCCUUGUCUGGAGCUGAUAAAAUAAUUAUGCUUGAGUAAAGAAUGAAAGAUGCUCAAAACUAAAAGUUAGAAUUAGAAAAAGCUAUAAAGUAGCUUGAAAAAUAAAACUAGGACUAAGGAAAGGCAUUAGAUAAACUAACUAAUGACGUAGAAAAUCAUAAUAAAAUCCGCAAUAUGGUUGAAGAACUGAGAGUUUGGAAAGAAAAGGUAAAGAAGUUGGAGAAAGCUUGUAAAAAAGAUAAGGAGACAAGAAAGGAGUAGAUUGAAAGAAUCAAGAAAACAGAAGAUGAGAAUAAGAAGUACUAAGAGGAACUAGAGACUUUGAUUUAGAGAAAAAAAUCAAAAAUGGGUGAUGAUGAAUAAUAGCCAGUCGAUGUUGAUUAAUUAAUGUACGAAAAGGACUAGAUGAAAAUGGAAUUUGUGGAAGAGGAGAAAAAGCAGAAGCAAGAUCUUAAGCUUCUUGAAAAAAGAUUAACAGAACUUAGUCAAAAAGCUGAUAAGCUAAGAAAAGAAUUGAAAGAAAAAGAACAAGAAUAAAGAAUUUCCCAAUACAAAUUGAACGAACUUAGAAGGUCAGUUAAGCAUAAUUAACUCAAACCAUUGAAGAAAGGAACAGCCUCUGAGGGUGAAAAUAAUUCUGAUAUCAACCAAUAAACUACUCUUAAUAAGCAGGCACUAAAGAAACAUAACAAUAUGUUGAAGGGAAACAACAAUGGCUUGAACUAUAAUACUGAUAAUUCACCAGUUAGGUAGAAGCAUUUUGAUAAAUUUGAAGAGGAAGAUGGCAUUGAAGAUGAUGUAGAAAGAUAAAUCGAUGCUAAGCUGUAGAAAGAAGGUUUCAUAGACUAAAUGAGAGCUUAAUUAAGGGCUUAAGUAAUCAACGCUAUGGAAAAAGAAAAGAAGUCUCAAUAUGGAUCAGCUUCAAAGUAUUUGCAAAAAUCUGAAAUUUCUAAUCCUAUCACAAAGAAAGUAGUCGAUCAUGAAGAUGGCUUGAUGUGUGCUGAGAUAAUCAGAGAGUUUAUGAAAUUCUAUAAAAUGAGUUUGUCACUUCAAGUAUUUGAGCCUGAAAUGUCAAUCAGCUAAAAUUACCCUAAAACAAGAUAAGAGAUGGAAAGAGAGAUAGGUGUAGCUGAUAGAAAUGAUAAUUCAAAACCAUUAUUGCUUAAACUAAUUGAGCAAGUCAAAUAUGGAUCUGUAGGAGCACCUUCUUCUGAUUAUAAUGCUCCAAGUUUUCAAUAGAAAGCUACAGCAUCCUAAAGUCUUGAAUUUUAAGAUCCUUUUAAAAAGCAAGUUGCAUAGCCAUUUAUGGAUGAUCCAUUGGAAAUUGAAGAGAAAAAAGAAACUAAAAAGAAAAAGAACUCAAAUAAAAAAAAAGAUGGAAAGGGGAAAAAGGAUACUAAAUCUAAUUAAAAAGAAGAUAAGAAAACUAAAGAAAAUAAUAAUACUGCAGCCAAUCAAUCUUUAACUAAGUUAGAUGACUUGCCCUCUUUAGGUGGAGGGAAAAAAGCAGUCACUAAAAAAGAUCCACUUGACUUUGAUUUUGAUGAUCUUGAAGAUGAUGACAACGACCAUAAAAAUAACAAGCAAUUAGAUAGCAAGUAUUCUAAAGCAUAAAAAUAAUUGAUGGAUUAUGAGGAGGAAGAAAAUAAAGGCUUUAAGUUAAAAGUUAAUGCUCCUAUAAAUCAAUCUAAAAAUCAGAAGAAAAUAGUUGAUGAUUUUAUAGAUGAGGAUAUAGAGGAAGAGAUUCAAAGUGAAAGGAAUGACUAUUAGGCUGAAAGUAGUGGCAAAGGCUUCGCUAUCACUGUAUCUCAAUCACUUGGAAUUGAUAGAAGUGUUGAUUCUCUAGAACUAGAUGAAUAUGACCAUAUAGAAUAUGUUGACUUAUGA